AUGUCCUGGCCUUACCGCAUCAAGUUUCCCACUCCGGAAGAGAGAAUACAAAGUCGUAUUCUCCUCGAUCGAUAUGGUCUCUACGCCCAACUUUCCAUUUUCAUCCCCAUCAUCCUGUAUAAUGUCUAUCGAUUAGCAACAUGGGUUUAUUCCGAGCGUCAACGAUCGAAAGUCGAUUAUAAUGCCCUUCCCAGCUCUCCUACGUCGAAGAAGAAGAGGACUUCGAGGAGCGCGGAGUGGAAGCGAAAGGCAAGAAGUGUGGUAUGGUGGUUGGGCGGGGAAGUGGCACCCGGUCGGGGUGAGAGGGGCCAGUGGAUUAUGGCGGGGAUGUGGGGGGCUUGGUUGGGAUUUUUGUGUGUGCAUAGGACGGGUGAUGGUAUGAUUAUUUAUUUGUUUUUGUCGUCGAUUAGAGGAGGUGUAUUGAGUAUACUGGUCCAAGUAAAGUUACUUGGAUUGUCUGUAUAUCGGAGUUUGUGGGAAUUCUUCUCGAGGGCUUGCAAAGAACAGCAGAUGUCUCAUCUGAGUAGAUUUGAGAUUGCAAGCAAAUUACUCCCUCCUCCAAAUGAACCACUGUUCCAUCUCAAAUGGAUCGACUGUCAAGGUCCUCUCAUUGAUUACUUUCACAUAACGAAGCGAUUUGGUAUAGUUGCAGCAUCACAAUUCCCUGCUCACUAUGCACUAUCCAUGAAGUCUUUAUAUUCACCACUCUCCGUAUUCUUCGGAUCAUCUCAUGAGCAGCUCAACACCUGGCACCGAAUAUCCGGCAGAGUCAUAUGGACUCUUCUUGCUUGCCAUGCCAGCUGGUAUAUAAACGCUUGGGUUCAGAUUGGAGUUGUAUACAUGAAAGUCACAACGCCUAUAAUCAUCUACGGUAUACUUUCUUUCUGGCUCAUCAAUCUCCUCAUCAUCACGAGUUUGCCAAUUGUUCGUCGUUGGUCUUACCGGGUUUUCUUUAUCAUUCAUCUUUUUGUCGCCAUCGCCAUAAUUCCUCUUCUAUUCUUCCAUGCCACUGCUCUUCGUGUUUACAUACUCGAAGCAUUUGCUCUUUUUAUAAUCGACCUUGGCAUUCGCAAAUCCAACACCCUUAAAGCUUUCGCUAUCAUAAAGCCAGUCCCAGAGACUUCACUUGUCGAAGUCACUAUCCCAAUUACACCUUCGAAAAUCUCCCAAUUUCAAUAUGCUCCAGGUCAACACGUUUACCUGUCUAUCCCUCCAUCAUCCGUCCCCAAAUCUACAGAGUAUAAUCGUCAUCUCUAUGAAUUACUCUACAAUCCCUUUACUGUUGCUUCCGUCUCAGAAACUCCUUCACCACAAAUCACUCUAACAAUGCGUACUCUCAACGGACCCACUACAUCCGCUCUAUCUUCUCUUUCCCAUCUCAGCAAAGCCCGUCCGCCACUCAACAUCGAAGGGCCAUAUGGAACCUCUCGCAAAUUCCCCAAUCUAGCCGAGAAAUUCGAUAGAGUAUUGCUCGUAGCCGGUGGCGUAGGCGCUACCUUUACUUUACCCAUCUACCGAGCUGUAAAGCAAGAAAUGGAGAAUGAAGGUAGAGUAGGUAGUCAUGUAAGAAUGAUCUGGGUUAUGCGAGAUGCAGCCGAAUCAUCCUGGGCACUGUCCUCCUCCUCCUCGCCUCAAAAUGAGAACUCGGAACUCAAAAUCGAAAGUAACCCGGGAAUAGAAUUAUACAUCACUUCUCCCCGUGCUUCUUCUUCCACAUCCACUACCUCGUUAGGUGAACCUGGAAGUGUGGAAAUGCAUAACUUGGCAUCUCCAUCUAGUGAUAUGAAAUAUUCGAGACCGGAUUUGCGCGCGAUUGUAGAUAGAGUCUUUUGUCAAGGAUUGGAGGAGAGAGUAGCGGUUCUGGUUUGUGGACCGACAGGUAUGGCGAGGGAGUUGAGAGAACAUGUAGGGAAGUGGGUUGAAAAGGGUAGGGAGGUGUGGUGGCACGAUGAGGGGUUCGGAUGGUAG